AUUAUUGUUUUUUUUUUUUUAAAUUUGUUAUAAAUAUAUAGAUAUAAUUUUUGGGUUAUGCUCCUGGAUAUUAUUGGAGCCUGUACUUGACCAGCAGCUCGUGAUCUGGGAUCCCUUUGAAACAUCCUCUGAGCCAAUUCUUUUUUCUGGGUUUUUGUUCAUUUUUCAAGGGGUUCCAGCUUCUGGGUGUUUUUUGUUUUUUUGGGUUUUGAAAAGCAAAGGAAUUUCUUUGACUUUUUGUGUUUUCUGGAAGCGUUUUUGGAAAUGUGGAGAGACCCUGGAACUCCUGCUGAUUCUUACUACCAGGUCCGCCCUGAGUGCACCGAUGUUCCAAAGACCCGCUUCAAAAUCAAGUCUGGUAAAACAUUAAGUGUAAGGAAAUGGCAGGCGGCAUUUACUCCAGAAGGGUAUCUGGAUAUCAGCAAGACUCUAAGUCGAAUCCAUCGUGGGGGGGUACAUCCAUCAAUUAGAGGAGAAGUAUGGGAAUUUCUACUUGGUUGUUAUGAUCCUCAGAGUACAUUUGAAGAACGUGAGCAGAUACGGCAACGUCGAAGAAUGCAAUAUGCUAGGUGGAAGGAAGAGUGCAGCCAAAUGUUUCCUGUAGUUGGAAGUGGUAGAUUUAUCACAGCACCCGUAAUCACUGAAGAUGGUCAACCCAUUCAAGAUCCAUUAGUGCUUUUAGAAACAAACCCAGACAAGGGACAGGCUUUACCUCCUGAUGACAAUGGUGGGGCAAAUGUUAGAGGCAAUGGUUUGGAAACAGUGAAGGAUAAGAAAGCAAUCCAGUGGAUGCUGACUCUGCAUCAAAUAGGUCUUGAUGUGGUUCGGACUGAUCGGACAUUGGUGUUUUACGAGAAGCAGGAAAACUUGUCAAAACUUUGGGAUAUUCUUGCUGUUUAUGCCUGGAUAGAUACAGAUGUCGGUUAUUGUCAAGGAAUGAGUGACCUCUGCUCCCCCAUGAUAAUUCUUCUUGAAGAUGAAGCAGAUGCAUUUUGGUGCUUUGAACGGUUGAUGCGCAGAUUGCGAGGAAAUUUCAGAUGCACUGAUAGCUCCGUUGGAGUGGAGGCACAACUUAGUAAUUUGGCUGCAAUUACUCAAGUUAUAGAUCCAAAACUUCAUCAGCACUUAGAGACACUAGGUGGAGGUGAUUAUCUAUUUGCUUUUCGGAUGCUCAUGGUUUUGUUUCGUAGAGAAUUCUCUUUCGGUGACUCAUUGUACCUUUGGGAGAUGAUGUGGGCCCUGGAAUACGAUCCUGACUUAUUCUUAUUGUAUGAAGAACCUGAGUCAGCUAGUGAAAAAGCUGAGGAUUCUAAAGGUAAAGCAAAGUCAAGACGUCAGUGUGGAAAAUAUGAAAGGGAAAAUAUGAAAAAUGGAGCAAAGAAUUCAGAAGCCCCCCUCCCAAUCUCUAUUUUCCUUGUUGCUAGUGUCUUAAAAGAUAAGAGCACAAAGCUACUACAAGAAGCUCGGGGCCUGGACGACGUUGUCAAGAUAUUGAAUGACAUUACUGGAAAUCUAGAUGCCAGAAAAGCUUGCACUGGGGCAAUGAAACUUCACAAGAAGUAUUUAAAAAAGGCCAAGAAGACAUAACUGUAAAGAAAGCACAUGAUUUUUUUGGGCCAGUCAAGAAGUAAUGGAUGUUUUUUCUUACUUGCUGGCGAUUGAUUUGGCGAGUGAUAAUGAUAUACUUUAACUUGAGAUUUUGUCUGAGUUCACAGAAUCGUAAGAUUGCUCCAGCAGCAAACCUUCCACAGAAGUGAGUGUUGUAUGUUCAAAUAAUCUUUCAUUAUUUGUAUAUCCAAAACAAUUCUUUGCAAGAUCUUACACAAAUGCACUUUGUAAGCCCCUAUUGUUUGUAACAAUUACAAAAAUACAAAAGAAAGCUGAUACACAAUUGAAAUCCAUAUCAAUGAAAUUAAUUUUAUU